UUGAGCCCUCCGAGAUCUCGGAUGAGUAGUUCUUUCGGAAAUCUGCGUUUUAUCACUUGCAUUUCACAUCUGCACCUCGUGCAUACCCGUGCUUCCAUUUCUAUCUGUCCCUUUCCAUCCAUCCCCAUCUAUCCACAGCUUUCUUGAAGGACAGGAGAUCAGGAGUAGCAUAUCUGUCUUUAUCAAGCUAUGACAACCUACCCCGGCACCGGCGUCCCGCGUGACUGCCACGACCGCCACCUCGCAGAAACCUACUAUGGGAUGCUGCCUUCUUCCGCCUUGGACCCCUCCAACGCAGAUAUUCGCGCUCCAUCAAUCCCCUCGAAACGCUUCCACGAAGCAAAAUCGUCCGCGUCUGCAAAGCGUAAAAAUGCCACAGAGUCUCAUGAACCAAGUAUCUUCCUCCCCCGGGGUGGGCUCGAAGGAAACCAGUACUGGCCGUCGACCAAAAGCAGCAAACGUGGCCGUUUGCAAACAAAACAAGAUGCGCGUAUUGAACUGCAUCAAAGCACGUGUCUAAACCUCAAUUCUACCGUCAAUCCUAAUCUCAACAACCCCUCUGCUACUGACUCGGAUCUCUGGAUCCUGCCCGACUUCGACGAGUGGGAACUAGAUGACACCUCAUCCAUGCACUACUCCCUGCACGCUCGCGACGGAGGCGAAUGGGCGCCGCUCGUAUCCCGCGCCGUGAAUUCGAAUCGCGAGAGGCUGCGACGGAGACUCGAGGGCGAUGGGUGGGAUUUUGUAGGUGGGAAGUAUGGCGAGGAUGGGAAUGUUUACGAGUUUCGAGAUGAGGAUAGUGGGAGUGGGAGUGGGAGUGAGGAGAGUGUGGACGAGGAGUUUGAUGUUGUUGUUUUGGGGGUUGAGGAGGGGGUUUGAUGUUUUCUUUCAUGCCCUGUUUUGUUUUCGGUUUGGUUUGUUUAAUAUGGACUGUAACGGCCCUGCCCUGGCUAGGGUAAGGAUGUCAUGGCCAUUCUCUCGUUUUCAAAACCCUUCGCCGUUACUUCAUCUACCCCUCUCCCAUCUCCUCGAACGAGCCUUACGUCGUAGGCUCUCACCUCUGUCGCUUACCUUUACCCUCCCAUAUUUUUCUGUCACGGCUCUCCUACUUUCUACCAAUGAAUGAUACCCCGAGGAAAUGUAACACCACGUCAUGUACCUACGAACUCGCACCCAUAUGCAACCAUACACCUCACAAAUUCGGUACCCUUAAUAAAGCAUGCCAAUCCAAGAAUAUUCGUUGAU